CCACAGGGUGACAUCCUCUUUGCCUACUUCCCCCAGUACGGUUUCCCCGGCGUGGGCAUCGACAAACCCAUCUCACCACCGCCACCGACAUCACAGCCGUCUUCCACUGGUUCCAGCCCUGCUGAUCCCACAGCUUUGGUGGCGGCAGGUGUGCAAACGUCGGAGGUCGCGCAGGCGAGGGAGACAACUACGGCUCCAGCGGACCAGAAUCUGUCCUCGCUUCCUCCCUCCGAUGCAUCAGCGACCGAAGUGAAAUCUAAAGUCAGUGUUAUCCUCGAGGAAGAAGCAGAAGAGGAGGAGGAGGAGGAUGAAAAACCCCUGUGCAUUGAUGACUUGGAGGUCCCAGUUGACGAGGACGGGCAGGAGCCCAAUCUGACAGCCAAAACGCCGAGUGUGUCUGAUGCUGUCAAAAUCGAUAGUCGGUCCCAGUAUUCUGCCGUUGCACUAACUGCCAAUCAACUGAAUACAAAAUUGGUGAGCUCCCCUCGCUGUGAUUUUUAG